AUGUCUCCAAGCCUAUCAUCGAAACCAGCCUCCAUUAAACGAAAAGCCCCCGAUGCUCCCUCCGCUAAACCAUCAUCAUCGCCCAUCACCACUUUCGUCGCGCGGAAUCCACCAUGGACCUAUCUCAAACUCCAACUAGUCCACCAACCCGGCACCUCCCCCGCCGUCCAAUCGCAACCCCUCGACCCGCUCACCGCACGCACAUACCUCACCUCGGCGCUGUCCCAAUUCCUCGGCCUAACAGGGACCACGAUCUCGAUCGACAUCCUGAAAGUAUUCCCGGAGGCAGAGCAGCAAACCCCCACGAACAAAACGGCCUGGAUCCGGGUGCCGAGCGACGACGCGGCCGCCGUCGUGGCGGCGCUGAGCUCGUGGAUCGGCGGAAACGCGGGCGGCGGAGUCGUCGGCAGCGUGGCGUGGAGGGUGUGCGCGAAGGGGAAUUUUCUGGGCGCGUUGGUGAAUGGGUCUGGGGGGGAUUUGUUUAUUCCGUCGUAG